CUUAAAUUCAACAAUGUCCAGUACCUCCCAGACAGAUUCAGUGCCUGCUGGUCAGCACAUCUUCCAAAGCGACGAAAAGCUUACUACGCCUUCUCCCGUGCAAUAUUCCGACAGCAAUGGCCUGGAUGAUGACCAAAUCUACAGUUAUAUAGGAAUGCAGGGCAAAAAGUUGCACUUGGCGGUGGCCAUUAUGUGUGGUGUUGGUUUCAUCUUGUUCGGUUAUGACCAGGGUGUUAUGGGUUCAUUGUUAACUUUGGGCCACUUUCGUGAAACCUUCCCGGAAAUCGAUACCGUCACCUACGGGUACAGUCGGUCUGCCUUCCAGGGCUUUGCCAUUGGUAUCUACGAAAUCGGGUGUUUUGCAUCGGCUCUAUCAACCAUCUGGUUGGGAGACAAGUAUGGAAGAAUCAAGUUGGUGUUUGCCGGAUGCUUUAUUAUGAUGAUAGGAGGGGCCUUACAGGCGUGUGCAUUCCAUAUCUCCCAUUUGAUAGUUGCCAGAGUGGUUACAGGUCUUGGAAACGGGUUUAUCACCUCCACCGUACCGGUUUGGCAGUCCGAAAUUGCAAAACCAGAACAGAGAGGUAAGUUGAUCUGUAUCCACGGAGCCUUGAUCGCCGGUGGAAUUGCUAUCUCCUACUGGGUGGACUUUGCCUUCUACUUCACGAGAAAUUUGCACCCCCACCAAGCUGUUUCCUGGAGGUUUCCUAUUGCUUUCCAGUGUAUUUUCCCGUUGGUGAUCAUGCCUUUCAUCUUCAAGUUUCCUGAGUCUCCAAGAUGGUUGCUUAGACAAGGACGAGUGCAUGAGGCCCGGAAGGUGUUUUCGGCGUUGGAGGGUGUUCCCGCCAACAGUGCUAUUGUCAACGACGAAAUCAAUGAGAUUGAGGAGUCUAUCAGAAUGGAAAAAUCCACCGGGGCCGACAAGUUCUCGUUUAGACGGUUGUUCAAGCAGGGUCCCAAACGUCACUUCCACCGGUUGUGUCUUGCUGGCUGGGCCCAGUUGAUCCAGCAGAUUUGUGGUAUCAACUUGAUCACUUACUAUGCGGGUACAAUUUUUGAACAGUAUAUCGGAUUGAAUGCUUUGGACUCCAGAAUCUUGGCUGCUUGCAAUGGGCUCGAGUACUUCUUAGCAGGGUUAAUCCCCAUUCUUUUUAUUGAAAAAUGGGGCAGAAGACCCUUGUUGAUCGCAGGUUCAAUCGGCCAGUGUGUUUGCAUGGUGGUGUUGACGGUUGCUUCGUACUAUUCCGACGAUAAGUGGGGUGGAAGACGCAAUGGGGCUCCGAUAGUGGCAGCCGUGUUUUUGUUUGGAUUCAACACAUUCUUUGCCUUAGCUUUCCUUUCUGAAAUGUGGUUGUUACCUCCAGAAUUGACGUCUUUGGAAACAAGAGCUCCAUCGGCAGCCAUUUCCACCUGUUGUAACUGGCUCAGUAACUUUGUGGUGGUGAUGAUCACACCGGUGCUUUUCCAAAGUAUCGGUCCGUUCACCUAUGCGUUGUUUGCUGGAAUCAACUUUUUGAUUGUUCCCGUGUUGUACAUCUUCUAUCCAGAAACAAAGGGAAGAUCCUUGGAAGAAAUGGAUCUCAUUUUUAACAAAACCCCUAUCAACAAGCCAUGGCAGGUGGUGAGAAUUGCUGCCACGAUGCCGUACCACCAUGCUGGUCUCCACGAGGAAGAGACGGAAUUGGUUUCCAGAGUUUCUUCCAAGACUCAUGUGUCGCACAUCGAGGUUUAGGGAUCUCUUAUUGGCAUUGUAAUAUACAAUUUUCUUGAAGGGUAGUGUUUCUGUGGUUAAGUAGAGCGGGUAUUUGUAGUCGGGAAUGGGAAAUUGUUUGUUUUGUGGAUUUUGUCGCUGAUAAUCGUAUGGCUGCAACUGGGAGGUGUUUAUUUAAUCCUACAGUACUAACAAAUAGUCUUUAGGACUUAUUUGUUCUAAA